UCCUACAUUAAACUAAACUACUAUCAAUAUCUCUAAGUCCAUGUUACUACCAUUCUUCAUUAUCCAUUUUCAGCAGAUCGAAACAGUUCUGCCAGUCAGAGUUCCAUCCGAUCCUCGACGACGGCUGCCUACGUUGUCAUUCUCCACCACAUAAGGGUUUCUUCGUUUUAGGCAAUGGGGUCAAAUGAAGAGCGUAGUGUGACGAUCGAAGAGAACGAGAUGGAAUUGAAGCAAAUCGAACCAGCUAGAAGCCGAUUUCCUUGCUGCGUUGUGUGGACGCCGCUCCCUCUUCUAUCGUGGUUCUUCCCUUGCAUUGGUCACAUCGGGAUAUGCAGGGAGGAUGGAGUCAUCUUGGACUUUGCAGGGCCUAAUUUUGUCUGUGUUGAUAAUUUUGCCUUUGGUGCACCAACGCGCUACCUGCAGCUGAGCAAAGAGCAGUGCUGCACGUUUCUCGACUCUCCUGCACAAGACCCUGAGGGGGAAACAUUACAAGGUGGCAAUGGAAGGGAGGUCGCAACGUGGGAUGACACGUUGCGCAAGAGCACAGUAGAGUACCAGCACCAGGCCUACAACAUCUUCACGUGCAACUGCCAUUCCUUUGUGGCCAACUGUUUGAACAGGUUGAAGUUUCAGGCUGGCAAUUGGAAUGUGGUAAGUCUGGCCGUAUUGAUUUUCAUGAAGGGGCGGUUCGUUAGUAGGUUAGCUAUUCUUCAAACGUAUCUACCAUUUGUUGCUGUACUAGGCCUUGGUCUCGUCUUUGGAGGUGGGGCCUUCCUCACCUAUUUGUUCAUUUUCAUAUGUGUUCUUGUUGGGUGGUUUCUUCUUGGCACGUACUGUUGCAAAAACCUGAUCCAUGUGUAGUGUUGCGCUAAUGUUGUUCGCUGAUAAUAGUUGAGCGAGUGUUCACUAGAUGUUGAUACACUUGAGGUUUUGUACCUAGUGUUGAAUUCUUUUCUGUA